CGUUAGCUUCUUUAGUAUGAACGGGGGCAAUCGUCCGGAUGCGAGCUGUGGGAACGGGAGCGAAUUCCCGGUUGUCACCGGCAGGGAGGGUAGAGCUAGCAGCAGGGAAGCGGGGUGUAGUGGUGUUUCUGCCCCAGCGCCGGGGAUCUGGGCGUUGGGUUUGACCAUCCCGUCUAGGAAGCCGUUGUCUCAUCUCCGACCCACUUGCAACGGAUAACGAGCACCCGAUAUCUAAACUGUCAGCCGCGCCUUGGGGGCUGUUCGUUUACCCUUCAGAUCUGAAGGGUGCGUUGAAAGUUGAAACACUCAGCGACUUCGAAAAGCCAUUUCAGAACCUUGACCCUGGAUCAGAACCGCGGGACCCUCUGGCUGUUGUCUAACCGAGGCGCAUUGAUGGAAUGGUACGGGCUGUGGACAUGAUGGAUUGCAUCAUGGGUCAAGAUGCCAACAUGACGACUCUUCAUCAGGGCCACGUGAAAACCUCCAGUGGUGACCUGGACAACAGUAGCAUGCCACAGGUGAACACUUCCCUAUUGAUCGCUGGCCCUGUCAGGUCCAUGGCAGUGCCUAUCUUCUCGAUGACGCUGGGAGCCCUGUCCAACAUCAUUGCCCUCUUCAUCCUGCUCAAGAGCUACGCCAGGUUCCGCCGGAGGUCCAAGGCCACAUUCCUGCUCUUUGCCAGCAGCCUGGUUCUCACUGACUUUGCAGGCCACAUCAUCCCUGGUGCCUUGGUGCUCCAGUUCUAUUCCGGGAAAGUAGAGAGUGACAACCACAUAUGCCAGCUGCUGGGAGGCAGCCUGAUCUUCUUUGGCCUUUGCCCGCUCUUCCUUGGUUGCAUCAUGGCAGUGGAGCGAUGUGUGGGCAUCACCAGACCUCUCCUGCACUCAGCGGUGGUCACCUCCACCAGGACUAAACUGGUGAUUGCCAGCCUUUGGGUGCUGGCAGGCAUCGUGGCCAUUCUUCCCUUUCUGGGUUUUGGUAGGUACAAGCUCCAGUACUCGAAGACCUGGUGUUUCAUUGCUGUGGGCUCGCAGAACAACUGGACGGACAGUGGCUUUGCUUUUCUCUUCUCAUUCCUUGGAGUGAGUACACUCGUCGUGUCCCUGAUCUGCAACACCAUCAGCGGGGUGUCACUCAUACAGGCACGGAUUAAGAAGAGGAACUACAGUCGAAGAACAAAGUCACAUGACAUUGAAAUGGUCGUCCAGUUGGUUGGGAUCAUGAUGGCUUCGUGUAUCUGUUGGAGCCCGAUGCUGGUUUAUGUGACAAUUACCCGGAUCCACAACUGUGAGGACUAUGCUAAGCUCAGCUUACUUGGGGUGAGGAUGGCUUCAUGGAAUCAGAUCUUGGACCCCUGGGUCUACAUUCUGCUGAGACGGGCAGUCCUGAAGAAGAUCUACCAAACUGUCUUAAGGAGGAAUGGCAUGAACAGGACCAUGUUUGACCGAUGGGAGGUCAGCUCCUUCCAGAGCUCUGAUCGAAGUGUGGUCAAGAAGUUUUGAAGGAAAGCUGUGCUCAACCUUUGGAAGUGGUUGCUGUAGAAGGUGGCCUACCUGGAUAUCAUUCAGGUGGAGUCUGGUUCAGUGGAAAACAGCAGACGAUGGGAGCUGAGUUUUGGCAUUGAGAGUGAUUCAGAGGAAAGGGGAAAGUUGACACUACUUUCCACAGAUGAAGUUUGGUCCCAUCCAAGGACAGAACCAUUCAGGAACUGAGUGAGACCAGAGGGCAUUGCAGAUGAGAAGAUUGAGUUUGAAGGGAAUUGGGUGAAACCAUUUUACUGUGGACCAGCACAUUAUACUAGAUUGACCCACCACUCAAGGAGACUCAUUUCCCUUUGGCCCUCGGGUUGCGACCACAGAGAAAGACCCUUCUUGUGUGGUCGGAGAUGUUACAGGUGGGACGUCAAAGCGUUUUCCUGUUAAAGCAUGGACUUUAUUCGAGAGUCGUAACGUUAUCCUGCUGUUUGAUGAAUCCAUUCUGAGCACAUACAGAAUUCAUGGACCACCAUGAAUGAGGCAGUGGACAGCCUCUCCAGGGAAGCCAGAGCGUGAAUGUGGCCUUGGAAGGGAGAGACUCACAGUCCCGCAUGAUCCCCUUCCCAUUCCACACCUGGUCUCCUCACCCUUGAUGAGGGUGCAAAGGCUGUCAAAGAUUACCAGAAGAAGGCCGGAGAAUGGGGUUGAGAAAUAAAUCAGCCACCACUGAGUGGCUGAACAAACAUGAUGGGCUGAAUAGUCUAGUUCUGUGCCCAAGUCUUAUGGUUCUAACAUAAGGGGGGCAUUUGCAAAAUGAAGAGAACCUGAUCUGCCCUAGUCUUCUCCACAUGAUGCAAAACCAUGGGAGAGUGAAGGGUCAGCAGACACUGAGGAGCAGUGGAAGGAAUUGUAAAGUGAUUGCUGGUUGGUGAUUAGCAGGGAGUGAGAUCAUUUGACUUUCACCCUGGCUGAACUUGCAUACCAGUGGCUUGGGGUUAACUGGCUGAUAUUCUAUUGCUGAGCUUGCCCAUCUUACAGCCUGCCUUCACCCCAUAACUUUUGAUGCCCUUACUAAUCCAGAACCUAUUACCCUCCUUUUUAAGUGUACCCAGUGAAUUAGCCUCCACAGCCUUCUGUGGCAAUGAAUUCAACAGAUUCACCAACCUCCGGCUAAACAAAUUCCAACUCAUCUCGGUCCUAAAGAGAUGUCCCUCUAUUCUGAGACUGCGCCCACUUAUGGAUGCAUCUUCUCCACGUCCACUCUAUUUAGCCCUUUCAAUUACCUUCUCUAUCACCUGUCCCAAUUCUCUCAAUGCCCAAACAUAUUUUGGCCUCAGCUUUUAAUACACAAGGGCUGAGACUCCAAGGCCCUCUGGAGAAGGAAAUUCCAGAAACGGGAAGCAACCUCUUAGUUGUCAAUCCUUCUCAGAAGUUUCUACCCUUAACCUCACUUGUCUAACCUUCAAAGUACAUGGGCCCAUUCCAUUCAACCUCUCCUCAGUGGAAACCCUCCUCAUCCCUGAAUUCCAUCUGGUAGAGAGCUUUUCCUGUGGGAAUUAACAUUUUGAAGGAAGGUUUGUUUUAUUGGGGGGGGGGGGCUUCUCUCACGAUGAAAAAAAAGCAGCUGGGGUAAUGUUCAGAUUGGGGUUUCAGCCCAGACCUGUAACAUCAAUGUCAUUGGUAGCCAGUGAGAUCCCAAAGGACAAGCCCCCUGAGCACAGUUUGAUUUGCCCCUCUGAGUCCCAUUCGAUUUGCCCCCUGUGUACUGCUCGAUUUGUCAGUGAUAGUUGUGUUGAAAGCAAAUACUCUGCACAUGUUGCUUGUCCUCAUUUUCUGGGUGUGUCUGGUUGGCACCAAUCACCCAUCCGGGAUUAUCCCUGAGAAGGCGGUGACGAACGGACUUCCCAAACAGCUGAAGUGUUUCUGCUUUGGGGAGGCAGGCAGGAGGUCAGAAUUAAAUCCAGCCACAUGAAAGAGACAUGUUCAAUUCAGGACGGUGCGCAAACUGGGUAGUCUCCCCUUGCCCUUCCUGGUGGCAAAGGUGCCAGGUUUGGAAGGAGCUCGUGGUGUUCCGUGGUGCAGCUGGAUCCACGUAGUGAGUGAGGACAUUGUGGUGUGUUGAAAGAGAAGUCUUGCCAUUUUGGAUACCAGCAAGAGAAAGGUUAAAUCCUGAAAGAGACCUUUAAGACCAAUGGCCAAAGCAUAAACCUGGGCUCACUCUUAGUCAGAUAGUUAUAGAAGAUAGAACAUAGAACAGCAGUGCACAGGACAGGCCCUUUAGCCCUUAAACACAAGAGAUACAGGAAACCUUAAGUAACACACACAAACUGAAUAGGGGAACUCAGCAAGUCAGUUCUGAUGUAGGGUCUUGGCUUGGAACGUUAACUCUUAAUUUUCCUUUUACAGACUGUUUGGCCCAUGCUGUCUGUGCCCAAUUAAAACUAAUUCCAUCCUCCUGCAAAGUAUCCAUAGUCCUCCAUUCCUUGCAUACUUAAACCCUGUUAAACACCACUAUCAUGUUUGCUUUGUGCACUACCUGUAGCAGCCCAUUCCAGGCAUCUAUCAUUUGUCCCGCACAUCUCCUUUAAACUUGAUCCCCACCCAUCACCUUAAACGCACGUCCUCUCAUAUAGGACAUUGUUACCCUGGGAGAAAGAUACUAUCUACCCUAUUUAUGCCUCUCAUAAUUUUAUAAACAUCCAUCAGGACUUCCAUCAGCCUCCGCUGCUCCUGCUAAACCUCUCUGGUAUCCUUUCUAAAGCCUCCACACCCUUCCAUGAUAGCCAUGCGAUUUGAGUUGCUGGAGAGCUUGAGGUGUUAAACAAAAAGCCCCAUCUGCACCCUCAGGAGAUACAAAAUAUCCCAUGGGAAUACUUCAAUGGAGAGCAUGGUAAAUCCCACUGGCACUAACCAAUGUGCUUCUAAUGCAGUCUUUUCAUGUCUGUCCACUGCAGUUUUUGGAAAGCUUACUAGGAACUUCUUGUUACAUUGGCAGCUGCACUGAUUCUAUUGCAAAGCUCUACGUAAGGCAACUUUCAUCCUUUCUCUAUAAAGUAGACAUGUUCCCUGCAGAGGGCCACAUACCAAAAAAUAUUAAAAAGUCACUGUUUACUAGAAAAUUCCAAAUACGUGAGGAGUCACCAUAAUGACUUAUCACGUGAAGGAGACACGUCUUCCACACAACAGUUGUUGACAUUGAACUCCUUAGAUCACUGCACUUUAUCUCACAAGAGUAGCACUUAAAAUGAAAUAUCUAUAUUUGCUACGAUCUCAGUACUGUUUACCUGUGUUCAAACGUGCAAAUAAUAACUUCAGCUGUAAGAAUUUAAAUGUAUCUAUAGAAAAUGAAUAUAUUUAAGAAUUAUUAAAUUUUUUUUAAAAGAAA